AUCGUGUGUUGCCUCAGGACGUUAACUUCAUGCAGUGUCCUCUGAUCCGAACGACAAAGAAUGAACCCCUGAUACGUUGACAUGUAAUAUACGCAAGCAACUAAUAGAAGAACUUUACAUAUCUUACUUAGUUAUGAUAUUCAGUCUUCAUCGUUCGAAUCGUGUGUUACUCGUUUACGCAAUGCCGCUUCUAGGGCUCAGGCGACGCUGAUACAGUAUACGAGGGAAAAAAGCUUGGUCUGUGUUGAGCUAUAUCGCACAGUAGCUGUUAUCUCGCUUCAGAGGAGGGGAGCGACGCUCCAAUUCGAUGGCUGGCAGGCAAACGUUCCUGACGAUGCCAGUCCGAGCGCCCUAUACAACAUGAAAUUGAAAACAGUGGACGACAAGGAAUGCUCCUUGUUGGGGCUCCUAGGAUCCCACGUCAGCUCUCUGAGCUCGUUCAGGUCGUUUCUUCACAAGGGCGGUGACGUGUUUGUGGGUAACUACUUGGAGGAGAAGGAGAAGCGCGCCCCAGCAGCUCAGCUCCUCUUUGUUAGUUACCUUGUAGAGCUGACAAGGCCUAAGGGCCACGAGAUAGGCGCUGUAGGCGACUAUUUCUGGUUGCAGAAGCCCUGGCUCAAGAAGAAGAAGGACCUGGAGGGUGUGCUCGCAGCAGGCAGCGACACAGCUCAGGCUGCCAGUAGUGUCCAGACCAGACGCUUCACUCCCACGGUUUCACUGGCGCUUCAGGCGCAAACAUUGGGUGGUGCAUCCAGCAGCAUGCAUGGCGCAGCAACUGCACCCUCCUCGCAAACAACACCUUGCCCAGUCUGCAUGCAGCAGCAAACUCACAGCAAUGCACGAGCCCAGCCCACCAGGACGCGCCUACCUCCGCCGUUGGGACCGACUGGAGGUCUGGAAACAUGUGCCAUGGCACGGUCGACGUGGCUACGGGUACUACACUCUCAAAUGGGGUAAUGCUGGAGACCUCCCUUCGCGCUGCCAAGCCGGGCGGCAGCGAACCAAACGGAGCGGCGCCGACCACGGGUCCCCCAGCAGGAUCCCCAGCUCUGAGACCUCCCUUCGCGCUGCCGAGCCGGGCGGCAGUGGAACCGAGCGAAGAGGCGCCGACCACAGGUCCCCCAGCAGGCUAGGAGCCCCAGCCCCGAGGCCUCCCUUCGCGCUGCCAAGCAAGCCGGGCGGCAGCGAACCAAACAGAGCGGCGCCGACCACAGGUCCCCCAGCAGGCUAGGAGCCCCAGCCCCGAGGCCUCCCUUCGCGCUGCCAAGCAAGCCGGGCGGCAGUGGAACCGAGCGAAGAGGCGCCGACCACAGGUCCCCCAGCAGGAGCCCCAGCCCCGAGCAUCUUGUUUAUUGCUGGCCGCGUCCGAAGGAGGGUCCUAUCCAUCAGGAGCGCCUUGUAGAUUAGGGACAGCGAGUGGCAGGGUGAUUGAGAGGGACGUCGUGCUCGGGACAGCACCCCAGCUAACUGGUCUCCUCAACCGAUCCACCCCCCCCCCCCCCCCACACACACACACACACAUGCACGCAUUCUUACUUUACCCACCUCCCUCCCCAUGCAGCCCACACAUGCAUGCAAGUACCCCCGUACUCGCCCCCUCACCCCAUGCAACCAACAUACGCACCCAUGCAAGCACGUUCCUACUCGCGGCCAGUUUUCUCAACACAUGAAAGCAAGCCCGCUUUACUCACCCCCUCACCACCUGUAGCCCACACACACAUUCCAGCUUAAAGCGCCCUCUCGCCCCAAUCCGCCCACACACGCAUGCAAGCACCCUCGCUCAACUCGUCCCCUCACUCAAUGCAACCCGAGCACGAAGGCAUGCAAGCACUCCAACAAUAAUCGUCCCCUUGCCCCGUGCAACCUGCAUACACAUGCACGCAAUCCUGCUUCACACACCCCAUCACCCCAUGCAACUCAGACACGCAUGCAUGCAAGCACUCCCACAUUAGUCGCCCCAUUGCCCCAUGCAAUUCAAACCCAAACGCAUGGAAGCACUCCCACAUUACACGUCCCCGCGCCCCUUGUAGCCCCCACACGCAUGCACGCACUCCCGCUUCACACGUCUUUUCACCCCAUGCAACCCACGCACGUGCGCAAGCCAGCACUCUCACAAUACUCGCCCCCUCGUCCCGUGCAACCCACGAACGCUUGCACGCACCCCCUCUUCAAGUGCCCCCUCGCCCCAUGCAACUCAGACACGCAUGCAUGCAAGCACUCCCACAUUACACGUCCCCUUGUAGCCCCCACACGCAUGCACGCUUUACUCGCCUAUUCACCCCAUGCAUCCCACGCACACACGCAUGCCAGCACUCUGACAGUACAUGCCCCCUCAUCCCGUGCGGCCCACACACGCUCAACAUUCCCGCUUCAAGCGCCCUCUCGACACAUGCAGCCGAACGCAUGAGCACUCCCACAUUACUCGCCCCAUGCAUCCUGCUUCACGUGCCCCCUCGUCCCGAGCAACCCACACACGCACGCCCCAUGCAACCCAUACAUGCACGCCUUCAAGCCCCACAACUUUACUCACCGCCUAACAACCUGCAACCCACACACGAAUGCAAGCACCCCCGCUUUACUCGCCCCCUCGUCCCGUGCAACCCGCACACGCAUGCAUGCACACAUGCAUCAUCGAACACAUGCCCAAAGGAAACCAAACAAGGGACGAAACACGCAAAACCCAAAUCACACCCAAACUCUACACCACGCCCCACACAAGUUGCGACGGCCCCCCCCAGGCGUGCCCC